AUGGCAGCUCCGAUCGGGAUAAGUGUCGGUGAUUUUAUUCUUGUGGGCAGGAUAGCUGGCACUAUCAUUAGUGAAUUGAAGAAGAGUAGUGAGACCGCAGCUCGAUAUCAGAAUCUCCUGGUGGAGCUCGAGACCCUCAGCAGAGCCUUGACAAGACUGAAUACUCUCAAACCUACGGAGCAUGACCUGGUUCAUCUCGAUGCAGUCCGUGCAGCUGUCGCCGCUUGCAAGCGUCCGCUCGAAGACUUCCUCAAGAAACUUUCGACCUACGACAAAGCUUUAGGAGUGCAAAAUGCGGAAGACACUGGGUUGAAAGGAGUGAAAUCUAGGCUUCGAUUUUCUCUUACUUUAGAUGAGGAUGUCAAGGAGUUGCGAGCGACGCUAACAAGUCAUGCUUCAACUAUCAAUAUGCUAUUGCUAGGCCAGAUCCUAGAGUCUUUGACGAUAGCUGAAGCUGAUCGAGCUACUAAUGUCGAAAUGAUUGAUCAAGUCAGGGUACAGCUUGAAGCUGUUGCCCAGCAUCUUCAGAAUCCAUCCCAGCACAGAGAGGCUGAAGCACAAAUAACUGGCGAUGACGAGCCCCAACCGGCUGAUUCAACGAACGGACAAGAUGAACCAAAUGAAACAAGCCUGGAGAAUGCAGACGAUAAGAUCGCCGAAUCACUACUUGAAUUGGACAAUGCUGUGAACGGACAGAAUGUCGCCGCAACCAGUUCCCCAAAGACGGAAUCGUAUUCUGAAAUCAACAUUCUUGACAUCGCCUUCAAGGGCAUGAGUCUAGCAUUAUCGGCGUCAGCUAUUGUCUCGAUGCACAAAAUUAGCUCACAGGUCGACAUGAUGGUGAAAAAUAAUUCGGCACCCUUGACCAUAUCAAAAGCUCUCGACAUUUUGAGAUACUCCAAGGACCCUCCAUACACGGUCAUUAGAUUUUUCGAACGGAAAAGAGACGAAAUCUGGGCUGCCUUAGAAAGUGCGCCGACGAAGUACGUGAUGAACAAAGACGAGUAUGGAGUGAUAAAUUACUAUCAUGAGCAAAAAUGUAAUCAUCCUCUAUUCAAGCCAGCUAUCGCCCGGUUCUGGGCGAACUACAAGGGCGAUACUGCGAGCGAAGAAAUCUAUGGCGCCCCUUCCCAUCUAAACAAAUUAAACAAAGAUGAACAAGACAAAGCCAGCCCUAAGUCUCUAGAGGGGAACCCCCUAACACAGAGGAGAAGUGCACGGGAAGAUAGGUCGGAUUAUGAAAGUACAGAGAAGUCUUCUUCAGACGAGAACAAGCCAAGGAAGGUCAUUGCUACAGGAACGUCGGGAUGGGGGGGAGGAUUCUCAGAUUUUACAGGAGGAAAAGCACAACCUGACAAAUUGGAAGAUAAGCGUUCCUGGUUUGGUUUUCCGAGAACAUGGAUUACUGAAUCCUCGAGCGAUCCGUAUCCUUGGCUUUGCUCCUCGAUGGAAUCGACGAAGCAGCCGGGGAAGCAGCCGAUAUUCUCAGGCCGAAAGGGCCACUCGAAAUUAAAUGCUGACACAUCAUCAACGAUACUUUGA